ACUCUUUUCUAAACAAAGUACCAAAGUUGGGUGAUUUUGGGAGAGAAAAAGUACCAUUACGCUUCCAAAAAUCACAAUCAAUAGCUGAAAAACCUUUUAUUUUUAAUUUCUUAUCUCACAAAAAUAAAAUUGAAAAACCGUUUCACUUUCACCAUCUUCCUCCUUCGCCAUCCUCAGUGAGUUAGAUUAGAACUGAGAAUCAAGGGAUCGGCAAUCGCCAACUAGUUCCGUGAAAUGGCGACCUCCGUCGCCGCCGCCGGCACUUUAACGGCGCACGAACGCCGGAUUCUUACGGCGGUGAACGCCGGAGCGUCGAGCCUUUCGUUGGCUGGUUCCAGCUUCAUUGUACUCUGCUAUCUCCUCUUCAAGGAGCUUCGCAAGUUCUCCUUCAAGCUCGUUUUCUACCUCGCUCUCUCUGAUAUGCUUUGCAGUUUCUUCAGCAUAAUAGGGGACCCGUCCAAAGGUUUCUUUUGUUAUGCUCAGGGUUAUAGCACACAUUUCUUUUGUGUGGCUUCUUUUCUAUGGACCACGACAAUUGCCUUUACCUUGCAUCGUACUGUUGUGAAGCACAAAACAGAUGUUGAAGAUUUGGAGGCCAUGUUUCACUUGUAUGUGUGGGGUACUUCCCUCGUUAUGACAGUUAUUCGUUCCUUUGGCAAUGACCAUAGACAUUUUGGUGCAUGGUGCUGGACUCAAACAGGUCGCACUGGGAAGGCAGUUCAUUUCGUAACAUUUUACACGCCACUCUGGGGUGCUAUUCUGUAUAAUGGGUUUACGUACUUGCAAGUAAUACGAAUGCUGAAUAAUGCAACCCGUAUGGCAGUUGGUAUGUCAGGCCAAGCUUAUGUGUCAGAUACAAGAGAUAACAUGAGGGCUCUGAAUCGUUGGGGAUACUAUCCACUAAUUCUGAUUGGAUCAUGGGCUUUUGGCACCAUUAACCGUGUUCAUGAUUUUUUUGAACCCAACCAUAAGCUCUUUUGGCUCUCACUUCUUGAUGUUGGGACAGCUGCUCUUAUGGGACUCUUUAACUCAAUUGCUUAUGGUCUAAAUUCUUCUGUUCGUCGGGCAAUUUGUGAAAGACUGGACAAGUUCUGGCCUGAGAGACUAAACAGAUGGCUCCCUAACAAUUUUAAGUACAAGAACCUACAGCAAGAAAGUGAAUUAGUUUUGUUCAAGACUGAAGACCAAUAAUAGUGAAUGGACAGAAUCUGUGAUCCCCCAUGCCAUGUGACAUUUUUUUCCUAGUUUACUGAGAUGCUGUUUUCAAAGACAACGGAGGAUCUAUGAGCAGCAUGAUUCCAGGUUAUUUGUUGUUCUGCUCCUUCAGAUAUGUGAAUCGUGGCAUUCACUCACUGAAUUUUAUAGUGAUGGUGAUCCUUGUCAAACAGAUCAGAGGAUAGACCAAUUGAUGUGGAAUCUGUAUUUGGAAGCUGUUAUUAUCCUCUAAUUGAUGACCACUUGUGAGUGCAGAAAGUGCUUUUAUCUUUUCCCCAAAAGGCUCGUCUCUCCCUGUGAUUCAUCUUUAACAACUCUCAACUUUAAACAUUGCUGUAUGACCCCCUGUCCCCCUGUAUCAAUUCGUAAUUUCUGCAACCAAAUGUUUUCUCAGUUUUAUAGGUUAGGUGCACUUUCAGAUUUUUACAAAUUACUAAACAAUUUCGCCCUUAAUUUGCAGUGUAUGUGGUUCUUUUCCAGCAAUAAAAGUACUUCAGUGUGAAAUACACAUGC